GGCGCUGGCCAAUGGGCAGCGGCGAGAGGGAGCGCGGGGGGUGCCGGGGCGGCGGAGGCCGGAGAUGAACGGGGCGGCCGAGGCCGAUGGCGGCGGCUACAAGCGGCGCUACCGGGCGCUCAAGCGGCGCCUGAAGCUGCUGCUCUACGAGCAGGAAUGUUUCCAGGAGGAGCUGCGCCGGGCCCAGCGCAAACUGCUCAAGGUCUCGCGGGACAAGAGUUACCUCCUGGACCGGCUCCUGCAGUACGAGAACGUGGAUGACGACUCCUCAGAUUCAGAGGCGACGGCGUCAUCGGACAACAGCGACGGGGAGGGGGCGAAGGGGGCGGAGCCACCCCCUGCCAAGAGGAAGCGCGCCACGCCUCCCCCUUCCCCUCCCCCUCCCUCCUUCACCCCGGCUCCAGCCCCAUAUAUGCUCUCGUCCCCCCCCUACAGCCCCUUCCCCCCCCAGUACCUGGCCCCGGAUGGCCCCGCCCCCCGCCCCGCCCCCCCCCGCCGGCAUAAGGGGGGGCCCCGGAGGCUGCAGCUGCCGCCGGCCCCGCCCCCUCCGCCGCUGGGGCCCCUCCCCCCGGCGCUGGCCCCGCCCAAGGCGCCCCCCCCCGUGCCCAGCACGGUGCCGCGGCGGCUGCUGAGCGAGGGCGAGGGCGACGGCAGCGGCGACGACGGCCUCGACGGCGACGACGAGCUCGUCAUCGACAUCCCCGAGUGACGUCAUGGCGGGGGGUGACGUCGUGGGUGACGUCAUGCGUGAUGUCACGCCGCCCCCCCCCCCCCCGCCCCAUGUUAAUGGGUUAAGCCUCGAGUGACACCCCCCCCUCCCAACCACCACCAUGUGACCUGGAGUGACCCCCAUUGACCCCCCCCCCAUGUGUGGUCUAUGUGAGCUCAAGUAACCCCUAUUGACCUCAUGUGGCUCAUGUGACCUCGAAUGACCCCCCCAUGUGACCCCCAUUGAUCUCCAAGUGUCCCAUGAGACCUCAAGUAACCCCUAUGUGACCUUGAGUGACCCCAUGUGUGUCCCGCGACCUUAAGUAACCCCUAUGUGACCUCGAAUGACCCCAUGUGACCUUAUUGACCCCAUGUGUGAGCCAUGUGACCCCCCCCCCAUUGAACCCCCAUGUGUCCCCCAUGUGGCCUGAAGUAACCCCUGUGUGACCUUGAGUGACCCUGUGAGAGCCAUGUGACUCCAUUGACCCAUGUGACCUCGAAUGACCCCAUGUGUGUCCUAUGUGACCUCGAAUGACCCCCAUGUGACCCUUUAUGUGUCCCAUAUGACCUCAAGUAACCCCAUGUUUGACCCCAUGUAACCUCCAGUAGCCCCAUAUGACCUCGAGUGACCCCAUGACCCGAUGUGACCCAAUGAGCCCCUCAUUUGACCUCGAGUAACCCCACUUUGACCUCAAGUUACCCCACUUUGACCUCAAGUGACCCCAAUUGACCCCAUGUGACCCCCCCCCCAUUGACCCCUGAAUGGACACAAAA